AUGAACGACGAAUUCGAAUACUCUCGCCAUGCUGGAAUGUCGGGCUAUGACAGCAAAAGCCAGCAAAGUGCAGAAAAUCAUGAUUUGAAUCAUGACGCGGUCUUUGGUGAGAUAAGUGAGGAUGGACCAAAUUAUCGUGCUGUUGGACGAUUGGGCACAACUGUCCUAAUGCUCAAAACGAAUCUCGGUCUUGGUGUCCUUUCAAUACCAGCUGUUUUCGACACGUUGGGUAUGAUUCCUGGUCUUAUCUGUAUCAUCACAAUGGCUACGAUUACGGGAUGGUCACAAUACAUGAUUGGAGUAUUCAAGCGACGACAUCCUGAAGUCUAUGGUAUUGAAGAUGUUGGUGGGAUGAUUUUUGGAAAUAUUGCUAAGGAGCUCAUUGGUGCUGGAUUCUUCGUUUUCUGGAUUUUCGUCUCGGCUUCAGGAAUGCUUAGUGUUUCUAUCGCCUUGAAUGCUUUAUCGACCCAUGCUACUUGCACCGCUGUGUUUGUCGCUGUCGCUGCCAUCAUUGCCUACAUUUUGGCCAGUAUUCAAACACUGGGUAAAAUCACAUGGCUCGCAUGGAUCGGUGUUGCUGGUAUCAUUACUUCUAUUCUUACUCUUACAAUCGCUGUUGGUGUUCAAGGAAAACCUGCCGAUGCCCCUGUUACUGUAGGCCCUUACAAGUCCGAUUUCAAACUUUUCGGCUCUCCAUCAUUCACCGAUGCUAUAUCUGCCUGUGGUUCUCUGGUUUUUGCUUAUGCGGGAACACCCGGUUACUUCAAUAUUCAUUCGGAGAUGCGUGAUCCAAGAGGUUACUCUCGUUCGGUGUUUUUCAGUCAAGGUCUUAUCACUGCAAUCUAUAUUGCAAUCGGUAUCGUCGUUUACUACUUUUGCGGAUCAUAUGUUGCGUCACCUGCCCUCGGCUCCGCAGGUCUCGUUAUGAAGAAAGUCUGUUACGGGCUCGCUCUUCCUGGUCUCUUGGUUAGCACCAUCUUGCUCUCUCACCUUCCCGCCAAAUUCCUCUUCCUCCGUCUCCUCCGUGGAUCCAAGCAUCUCACCAGCAACUCCAAAACCCAUUGGAUCGUGUGGCUCAGUUGUACCGCUACAGUCAUUAUCUGCGCCUACGUAAUUGCCAGCGCCAUCCCCAUCUUCGGCGGUCUUAUCUCCCUCAUCGGUGCUCUCUUCGGUACCUUUUUCAACUUCCAACCUUUUGGUGUCAUGUGGCUAUACGACAAUUGGAGUUUAGGAAAAAUUCAUAGAUCGUCUAGGUGGAUUUUCAUGGCUUCUUGGAGUAUUUUCGUCAUUGUUAUUGGAAUGUUCUUGAUGAUUGCUGGUACAUACGGUUCCAUCGUUGCAAUUAUCGCCUCAUAUCACACAGCAGGGGGAUCGAAACCUUUUACUUGCGCAGAUAAUUCGAAUUCGGUUUGA